AUGGCGGAGAUUCCGGUUGGUGAAUAUCUCUUCCGCCGUCUCAAACAGAUGGGCAUUGAGACAGCUUUCGGUGUUCCGGGAGAUUAUGAACUUGCUCUUCUCAACCACAUAGAACCUGCGGGUGUACGUUGGAUCGGUACCCCAAACGAGCUUGUUGGAGCAUAUGCUGCUGAUGGAUAUGCCCGCCUCAAAGGUGCCGCAGCACUUGUCACCACAUUUGGGCCUGGUGAGUUGAGUGCUCUCUGCGGCAUCGGAGGAUCGUUCUGCGAAAUGGUUCCCGUUUUGCAUAUCGUCGGAUAUCCGUCAUUUGCAGCCCAGUCAAGCGGACGGAUUUUGCACCAUACUCUUGGUGACAAAAGCUAUGACCACUACGUUCGUAUUUCUUCGGAAUUAUCCUGUGCAACUACGAUUUUGAAGAAUCCGGAGAAUGCUAUCGCCGAAAUCGAUCGAGUUUUGAAUGGCACGGUUUACUUUUCGCUAAUGCUUACCAGUAUUGGUAUUACCGAAGAUGUUGUCAAAACAAUGGUGCCUGUCUCCUCACUGAAUGCAGCUUCAAUCAAGAUGACACUAUCAGCCGGCCUUGAAGACGACCCUGCCUUGUCAGCCAUCAUGGUAGCACUGGAGUCGUCCAAGAACCCAAUAGUGAUUGUUGAUGGCGGCGCAGGCAGAGGUAGCUGGGCUCCUCACGCCAACGAUCUUAUCAAAGCUCUCAGAUCCUUGCACUUCAACACCAUCAUGGGCAAGGGCGUUGUCGAAGAAGACGGGCCUUUGUUCGCAGGCUGCUAUGCUGGCGUUGGUUCCUUGCCGCAAACAAGCAGGGCUGUCGAGAAGUCGGACUGUAUACUCUGGCUUGGGCACAUGCCAUCCGAUUUUAAUACCGGAAUGUUCACUGACCAAGUCAAAUCUUCUACAAUCAUUGACUUUCAACGGUUCCAAAUCACUGUCGGAAAUAAGCAAUUUCAAGCAAGAAUGACCACCGUUUUGCCCAGAUUGGCCCAAGCAAUCAAGACGAGUAAAGUUUUGGGUGACAGGACGCUUCCAGAGCCUGUCGCGCCACUACUUGAACAAGCGUUGGACAUUCCCUCAUCAAUUAUUACACAAGACUAUCUUUGGCCUCGCCUAUCUUCCUUUGUCAAGCCAGGCGAUAUGGUAAUCGCCGAGACAGGAACUUCUCAAGUCGGAGCCGUCGCUACACAAAUUCCCAAAGGCGCCUAUUACUGGACACAAGCAGUUUGGGGUAGCAUUGGCUAUGCCAUUGGCGGUGCUAUCGGCGCCGCAGUUGCGGGUAAAGAGUUGGGUCGUUAUAAGAGGAUGAUUGUUCUCACAGGCGAAGGAAGCUUGCAAUUGACGGCGCAAGCUAUAUCCAUAUUGAACCGGCACGGCGUGGUUCCGUAUUUGUUCAUUCUUAAUAACAAGGGAUACACUGUUGAACGCUACUUUGAGGGUUGGGACGCUAUUUACAACGACGUGCCAGACUGGGACUACGGCGGACUCUUCAAAUCAUUCUCUCCUGAAGUUUCAACAACCACAUUCAAAGUCCAAACAGCAGCAGAGCUGGACAGGAUACUCUCUGAUGACGAUUUCCAGAAUGCAACGAGUCCGCAGCAGUGCAUUGAUAUGGUGUUGGAUAAGUACGAUGCUCCGGGAGGACUCAAAGCUAUAUUCGACUACAAGAAGAAAGCGGCCAGCGCUUAG